UAUUGAUCCAAUCAGAAUCCAGUGCGAACGUCCCCGCUCUAUACCGAAGAUCAGAUAUGUGUCCGCUUCUUUUCUUUUACUAAGACACCUGCCUCAUAAACACCCCUCUCUUUCGUCUGUUUCUUCUUUAUUCUACUGAUCAGCUUGUAAAUCUGUAUAUAAAAAAUUGUCAUGUCUUUGUUACGAUUAUUUACAACCAAAGUUGCAUUCAAGCCAAUUCAAAGAAACACAUUCAGAUCGUUCUCGUCAGCCCCAGCUUUAUUUCAUGGUAGAGAACAUAUAAAACGAGGAGAAGGACCAUAUACUGUUAAUUUCAUUACGCCAGAUGGAGAAAAGAUAUCAGUAAAGGCGACUGAUGGCGACACAAUUAUUGACCUUACUCAAAGAUAUGACAUCGAUUUGGAAGCUGCCUGUGAAGGAUCUUUGGCAUGUUCAACUUGUCAUGUUAUUUGUGAGCAGAGUUAUUACGAUAAAAUGGAUGAACCCUCUGAUGAAGAAAAUGAUAUGUUAGAUUUAGCUUUUGGAUUGACGGAUACAUCUCGUUUAGGCUGUCAGGUUGUAAUGAGCGAAAAAUUAGAUGGACUCACAGUGCGUAUUCCAUCAGCAACAAGAAAUCUGCGAGUAGAUGGAUCAAAGCCAUCACAUCACUAAAAAAAUAUAUUUUGCAGCUAGACCAACGCCUGCUAUUAAUUUAUAGAUUUUUUUCUGCAUUCAUUCUGUAUGUAAAAUAAAAAAGUCAAUACCAUGUAAUUUUACUCAAAAACAUAGUAAAAAGUCAGUUAUCAGAAUGGAAGACAUAUAAAGCAGC